AUGUUUGAAAAGUUUUAUCAAAGUAAUGAUAUUUUCCAGCUAGAUACAAUAGAGGCAGAGAAGAAAGUGGCUCUUCUGCUCUCAUUGACUGGCCUCACAGAGGGAGAAUUAAUGGUUUUCCUAAGAGACCCUCGUAGAUUAACCAUCGUCAACCAAAAAUUACCACCAAACUUGAGGAAGAUUCAGGAAAAAUUGAAAAAAAAUAUCAAGGAACCAGAUGUACCCGAGUCAGAAAUAACCCUAAGAGGGCGCAUUCUUUCUCUUGAACAGCAACUUGAAGAAGCAGAGAAGACCUGGCUGGUUGAAAGGAAUGCGCUUUUACAAGAUCGAACUCUGACAGCCUCUGAAACAAAAGCCCAAUUUGCCAAGGACCAGGCACAUCAUAAACUUUUGGCUGCAAAAAUAGAGGAAGCCCAGCGACAUUUCAAAGAGGCAGUUGCUGAGACUAUGAACAAAACAGCUUACAUUCAAGCACAAGAAAAGAUCUGGCUAGCAGAAAGAGACCAUCUUUUAUCAGUGUUGUCAGCAGUCCAGGAAAAUGUACCACUAGUCACACACAUGCAGUCUGUAGAAAAGUCGGGUAGCUACUCUGACCUUGCCAAACCAAACUCCACUUGUGAACUCAAGGAUCUGCGAAGGGAAAAUGAGACUUUGAAGGUAAGGAAUGUUGAUUCAGUGUCUUUGAUAAGGAGGUAG